AUCGUAUCUCUCCUUCCCAAAUUACCCAUUUUUGUGGUAAAUCUUUGGCAUCAAUUAGAGAGACAUUACUGUAGCCCGAUACGAUCCACUGGCCACAACGAACCUAAAAUUCUAGGCCAAAGAGAUCUGAACCAGCGAACCCAGCGAACUCUUCGGUUCGUUGCCACGGGCGAGUGGAUCAUGCCGUGCAACGAAGAUUCAAUUUGAGGAUCGUGAAGCAGAGACCUCCGGGACAAACCAGUCCGCGUCCUCGCACGCGUUGCGAGGAGUUUAAACGGCGAGUUAACGAGGUCGCUUGUUCGCCGAUCCUCGUGCCCGCGAUUCGGCUCGGCACUUCAGUCAAUUAAAAUUCACUCUCACGAGGGCCGAGCGUGGGCAACGUCGGCUAGGAGGCGCGCAACACGAUUCGGAAUUGUCACACGUUCGGGAUUUAUCGGUCGGAUCGCCACGCCGGUCGGGUCGAUGGAGUCCUGUUCCCCUGUCUUUCUCGUCGCCUCUGUUAUCGCCGCGGUUUCGCGUUUCGCGACUUAUCGGCCGAAUAUUCUCGCCGCGCCGCGUCCACCGCCGAUUCUCGCGUUCGCGGGGAAAUCUGUCGCGGCCGUUUGCGUCAGCCUAUCGGUGCAAUUAACCUCUCCGGGACCUUUCGGGGGCCGUUGAUUAAUAGGAUUGCGGCAAGGAGUCGACGACGGAACGAGGCCUGCCGGACCAAUGCUAGCAGACGUCGUCGCGCGUCCUCCGACGAAGUUGCGGAACGCCUCGCGAGCCGCUCGGACGGAGCCUUUGUCCGGCUAUGUAAAUAUCGGACAACGGCCUCUAACCCAGACCCCGUUCUACGGGCCAGAUAUUGCUAGCCCGCUCCCGGACGUCGCAUAAUUAAUUCCUGUCCAUCGAUAUUCCGCGUCUGUAACUCUUUUCAAGGGGAGGCGGAUGUUAAUAUCGCUGCGGCCGGGGCUCCGCGUUAUCGGUUUUCCUUAAAAUCGAGACCUGAAAUAUCGAGGGCAUUACUAUCGGCGAGCGUUCGCCGGGGAAGAGAGAGAGAGAGCUGCUAGGCAGCUCUCCCGCGAUUCCCCGGAAUUCAUAUCGUAAAGUGAAUAGAAUAUUCGGUCGCGAAACAAACGGUCUCGCGGCGCAAUUCCUUCCUCCAUCCGCAGUUUACGUAACUCCUGGAUUCCUCGAGCCCGACGGAGAAACGCGUUCGCAGCUAACGUCGGUAAAAUGCGAAUAUCGUCGUAGACUGCGAACGUGUCUGUGGACGCCGCGACGGUCUUCCGUUGCAGAUUUAUUCUUUUACGGUAUCGACGGCUUCGGUUAUCUGCGAGUUCCGUGAUCCGAGACUUGGCGAACGAUGAUAACCCGUCGGAUGGCAUUCCGAUCGAAUCACCGAAACAGAUCCCAUCAUUUAUCCCAUCGUACAACGUUUGUACCAUAAGACAGCUGAACAUCCGAAAAAAAAAAUAUAUAUAUAUACAUAUAUGUAACGCAACGGUUCGUCGUGCGCGCUGGCAGACGGCGACACACCAUGAAACAAUAACCAAGCUAACCCUAGGAUCAUUUUCGCGACGACGUCCGGGCCACGUUAAUUCACCGAGAAACGAUCGUCCGGGACACGAUUACACCUAGGAUUACCAGAUCCUCUCUUCUUAGAGUACAUCUAUUCUUGCCGGGCUACGCCAGAACCGUUUCCGUUUGGCGUCUUUUUCGGUCUUCUAUUCGGUUGCGCGAACAUUUUUGUUUCCUGUAGACAGUUUAGCAUCGAUCUCGCGAACUUCUUAGCUGUUUAACAGUGGAUUAAAUACUUUAUAGAACACGGUGUUUCUCUAUGUUUGCGUAGACCUUUCGAUCUGAGCCUGAUAUGACACAGAUUUACAGAGAAAGCUAUUUGAAAAGCUGUCGAAAAGCGUUCGUUCCUUAGAUGAUUCGCGGUGAACACGCUGAGUAAACACGAGAUGUCUUUGUACUUAUUUGUAAGAAUAAUAACGUGAAAAAAAACCGUAGAAGUACGAAGUGUAUGUACUCUUUCCGAUGUGGUACCAUCUGGUAACCCUAGAUCCGCCGCGAAGCUCAUUUCUCUCUCGCAGUAAUUUUACCGUAAGUAUGUUUUUUCCGUGUCUUUUCUGUCGAAUUUAGGCGUCACGUUCUUUCUUAUCGACACACGACUUCCUCUUUCGUGGAUCAGCGUCGCCACUUCCGGCCCCUCCCGCGUCCUCCGCCGCCGUCUACUUUGUCGUCGCUUGGAAACAUAAAAAAAAGAAAAGAAAAGCGAAAAAAAAAUGAAAAUAUGAGCCUCGACGACGAACAGUCCGGACGUUGCGAGGAAAAAAAAAAGAAACUCACUAUCCACGGUCAUCAGUAUUCGUGGCUGCGAUAAACCGGCUCACGGUAAUUACGAGAGAACGCUAACGUUCCUUCCACGACGAUAAUUAACGGCACCCGACGGCCGGAGGAAGUCGGAGGAGGCGUUUCCUUUUUCAAAGCUUCUACAUUACCUUCGGUGACGACUCUUUUUCGAUUGAUGUAUGUUUCGUAAACGUUUUUACGCACGAUGUAAACGCACCUACUUAAACGCAAGAGAAAAAAGAAAAAAAGAUGCCCUUUUUUCAUCCGUGUGAUCUAUUCAGAGAAAAGAAAAAAGAUAAAAUAAUAAAAAUAUAAACAAUGCGAUCGCAACCGUCACAUGUUUCCCAAAAGAGUUUUGAGGAUAUAUUAUAUAUUAUACAUACUAAUGUACUUAAACCAUCUGUGAGUCUGCCUCGUCUUUUAUAAAGUUCUUGCUAUAUUCAAAAACUGAUGGUGGUUCUUACUUCCUCCUCUAUCCUUCGUCCAUGCGCAACUCGGCGACAACCUUCUCUCUGUAUUGUGACAUGUCAAUUGUACGGUAGAAUAGAGUGUGUCGCGUUUCUUCGUGCUUAAAACAAUCGGAUUCGCGUUACGCUUCACGUGAGAAAAACGUUGUUCUCCGUUCCCAUUUCAACGGCACCGAUGCGAUGUUCUGUAACGGACGACCGAGCACGUAUAUUGAAACAGGGAACGCGGUCUGAGCUGUGGUGCAAUUAACGGAGGAAAGGACACACGGUCGCAUGACGGUCGCCUGUAAAAUAGGACAGUAUCACUUUUAUCUAUCCGAUUGGAAGGGACAUAUCAGGUUAUGUCUGGCACGGGAAAACGGAAGAAAAAUGUCUUGAGAGAAGCAUAAACUCGAGUGCGAAGCCUGCGUUAAAUCUGGAGAACGGUCCCGGGAAGCAUCCGCGUAACAAAAAAGGAAAGAAAUCAACGAUCACUGUGAUUGCAACACCGUAGCAGUAUUGAAUAAUCUUCCUAGAUAGCUCGUACAUCGAGAGAACGUUUUUUCUUUUGAUACAUAUACGUAUUUUUAAACAAACUGUCUGCGAAUAAGACGGUAAUAAAGAAAUCGAACAUCGAGAAUUGCUUAAGUAAGGCGCGAAGUUCGUGGAUUUUUGUGUUAAUACGAUCGUGAAACACGGCGAGAGAACAGGAUAAAUCGUGCCAUCGAGGUCAACCGACCUAUGUGGACCCGUUGUUGAGGCACGAAAAACAACCAACGAUGCUAAAUCAGAAAUUAAGUAACAGAAGGUUGCCGGUCGACCUUCUCGCCCUGAUGUUCGGCCUUGGUGCGUGGGUUGGUAUCAACGGUAUAUAUGUGCAACUACCUCUUCUAGUUAAUACUUCUCCGGAAGGAUGGAGUCUUCCAGCACAUAUGGUAGUAUUAGUUCAAAUAGCCAACUUGGGACCAAUACUCUACACAUUAUAUAUAAAGUAUAGUUCGUGGGUAUGCGACAAACUCAUUAUCUACUUGCUCCUGGCUGCAGCGGCGUUAGCAACAUUUAUAUUGGCUUUCGUGUACCAAGAAACAUCGAUAGUAUUUGGCAGUGAGCAUUCCACAGCUCUGUUGUCGCUGAUGUUUGUAACAGCCAUCGUUGGAUGUACGAGCUCGGUUCUCUUUAUGCCUUACAUGAGGAACUACAGAGAAAUUUAUUUGGUGACCUAUCUUAUAGGAGAAGGACUCAGCGGAUUUAUUCCCAGCGUGGUAGCAUUGACCCAAGGUGUUGGUGGAAAUCCAACAUGCUUGAAUACGACAACGUUAGAGUCGCCUCAUGUAGAAUUUAUGCCGCAUUAUCCGGAGCCCAGGUUUUCGUGUCAGGCCUUUUUCAUUUUCACUGGCACUAUAUUGUUCCUAUGUUAUUUGUCUUUCCUAGGACUGAAUAAUAUGUCUAUGGCUAUCGGCGAGCGUGUUAAGCCUCCAGGAAGUAUGGAGACUCUACCAACAGAUACAAGAGCGCCGCCAAGUUAUAAGACAGACUCUGGAUGGACAAUGUCCAAACAACUGUAUUCGUACUUACUGGUUAUGAUAGCUCUCGUUUGUUUCUUAGGUAACGGUACAUUGCCUAGUAUUCAAUCAUAUUCCUGUUUACCAUAUGGAAAUAUUGCAUAUCAUUUAACUGUUACAUUGUCUGCAAUGUCUGGACCAUUGGCAAUGUGCUUAGGUUUCUUUAUAAAAACACCAAAAGUAAGUGUUCUCACUGCCUCAACAACGGUUCUUAUAAUACUGUCUGGCUUUAUCUGCUUCUUAGCUGCCACAUCACCUACACCACCUUUGCAAGGUACAUGGUUAGGUGAAUUUUUAGUUGUUUUAUCGUGGGUUUUAAUUAGUGGUUUAAUAGGAUUCAUCAAAUUGGGCAUUACUACAUUAUUCAGGCCCGACCCAGGCAGAGGUCUAUAUUACACUGGUGUAGCUACACAAAUGGGCUCAUUGAUCGGAGCAAUAGUCACAUUUGUUCUGGUUAAUCAUGCAAAAGUGUUUCAUUCUUACUCGCCAUGUUCGACACUCGUCGAACAAUGAUACUUUUUCUAAUAGACAAGUAAUGAUAUGAAUAAAAAAUUAUAUAAUUGUGCAAAAUGUUCUAAAAUGAUAGAGAGGAUAAAAUUUUAAUAUUCUUAGUGCCUGGCUCUUAGGGAUUAUAAUGUAGGAGAAAUAGUUGAAUAUAUAUAUAUGUAUAUAUAUAUAUAGGGUGCAUACAAGAUUGUGAUAGAAACCAACGAUUUGUGAUAGUAAAGUUACGAUUUUUUAUGCACGCUAUAUGUAUGCAUAUACAUUACUAGUAUUAAAAAUGCUUGCAUCACAUGAUGUUGGGGUAAAAGGUCACUUAUGAAAAAUGUACAGCAACAAAUAUUUUAUGAAAUUCAAGUAAUAUAUAUAUAUAUACAUACAU